AUGAGCAAGGCCAAGCAGACCGUCUUCGCCGACCUCGAGCCUCAGCUCCACCCGCUCCUCCUUCGCGCCCUCUCGUCCCUCUCGUUCCCCGUCCCGACCCCGAUCCAGGCCACCCUCAUCCCGCUCGCGCUCGAGUCGAGCCGCGACAUCCUCGCCCGCGCACGCACCGGCAGCGGCAAGACCCUCGCCUACGCCAUCCCGCUCGUACAGGGCAUCCUCCAGCGCCGCGACCGCAACGAGCUCGACGGCACCCGCGCCCUCGUCCUCGUCCCGACCCGCGAACUCGCAGAGCAGGUCCGCGGCCAGCUCAACAAGCUCGUCGACGGCCUCGGACUCGGCGACCAGGACGGCGACCGCAUCCGCGUCGCCAACCUCCUCGCCGACCGCCCCGAGAUUGUCGUCGCGACGCCCUCGCGCGCGCUCGCCCAUCUUCGCGCCGAGACGCUGCACCUCGAGCACCUCGACUACCUCGUCAUCGACGAGGCCGACCUCAUCCUGUCGUUCGGCCACUCGAGCGACGACAUUCGCUCGAUCCUGUCGGGCCCGUGGGGCCUCCCCAAGGUGUACCAGAGCUUCCUCAUGAGUGCGACGUUGACGGGCGAGGUCGAGGAGCUCAAGGGCGUCGUCCUGAGGAAUCCGGUCGUGCUCAAGCUCGAGGAGGACGAGGACGAGCUCGCCAACCUGUCGCAGUACUGCGUCCGCUGCUCCGAGGAGGACAAGUUCCUGCUCUUAUACGUCAUCCUCAAACUCAAGCUCAUCAAGGGCAAGUGCCUCAUCUUCGUCAACGACACGGACCGCGGGUACCGCGUCAAGCUGUUCCUCGAGAAGUACGGCAUCAAGAGCGGCGUCCUCAACGCCGAGCUUCCCUUCAACUCUCGGUACCACGCCGUGCAGGAGUUCAACCGCGGCGUGUUCGACUACCUCAUCGCGACCGACGAGAGCGGCCUCGAGGGUCACGACCGGGAUACCAACGAGGAGGAGGAGGCACAGGUCGAGGCAGAGGGCUCGGGCAUGAUCACGACCCAGCCUUCUGCUGCGGGCGACAGCGACGCCGCCGCCGCCGCCGACGCGCCGACCGCCGCACCGGCCGCGUCCAAGAAGCGCAAGCGGUCCAAGGACGGCUCGGGCUCGUCUCGGCCGUCGACGUCCGAGUACGGCGUGUCGCGCGGCGUCGACUUUGUCGACGUCGCGUGCGUCAUCAACUUUGACCUGCCGUUCUCGUCGCGGUCGUACACGCACCGCGUCGGGCGCACGGCGCGCGCCGGCCGCACGGGCACGAGCCUGUCGUUCAUCGUGCCGCGCGACCAGUGGGGCAAGCAGAAGAAGAAUGACGUGAGCCUCGAGACGGCGCGGUACGACGAAAAGGUGUGGGCCCGCAUCGAGAAGGCGCAGCGGGCAAAGGCGCAGGAGAUCAAGGAGUACCGGUUCGACCUCAAGCAGGUCGAGGGCUUCCGGUACCGCAUGGAGGACGGCCUGCGCAGCGUCACCAAGGCGGCCGUCCGCGAGGCGCGCAUCAAGGAGAUCAAGAACGAGGUGCUCAACUCGGAAAAGCUCAAGGCCCACUUCGAGGACAACCCUCGCGACCUCGCCUUCCUGCGCCACGACAAGACGCUGCACCCGUCGCGCGUCCAGCCCCACCUCAAGCACGUCCCGGGUUACCUCAUGCCGCGCAUCGCCGCUGUCGGCGCCAACGACGCGGCUGUCGCGGCGGCGGCAUCGGCGGCGGGCCCGGGCGCGGCAGGCGACGGCGACGGCCCCGUGCUCGGCAACGUGCCGUUCCACAAGCCGGGCCGCGGCGGCGGCGCACGAGGAGGACGCGGCGGGCGCGGCGGAGCGAGGGGCGGCGGACGCGGUGGCGCAGGAGGUGGACGUGGCGGCAAGAGGCAGGAUCCGCUCAAGGGCGGCGCGUUCAAGUUCUCGGGCAAGAAGUGAGGGGCCUGAGCGCGAGGAGGCCGAGGAGGAGGGGCGACGACUUUCGCUGUAGCUCGCGCACGUGUUGUACGACUUGCGGCUCUCCCUCGG